UUGAGCAGUCAGCUCCAAAAAAACUACUCUUCGCGAGAUUAAUAAUGUUUAAUAAUUUUAUAUUUUUGACAUUUGAAUGGGAAAUUCGAAGAGCCACAUUUGCUGUGAUGUUGGGCUGUGCAAAAUAUCAAGGAAUAUGAAAAGCAACAAAGAAAACACUCUUGCAGUCAACUCAGUCGAAGAAGAAAAACGAAAUCCUCAGGAAAAUGCCUCGAAACUUACUCGAUCUGGGGCUAAAUCACGCUCAUACAAAAGGGCUAUGGCAACACCCAAGUAUGAGGGAGAAGUGGCGUCGUCAUCAUCUCCCAUAGAGCAUAAAGAUGAUAAAAGCAAUGGCUGUGAUGUUUGCUCUGAUACCUGUGACUGGACGGACAAUGCUUGCAUUGGUAGACAUUUCUGGAUUGAUUCUGAUGCUUCAGCUAAUCUGUGUUAUCUAUCAGACUAUGAAUGCACAAAAUCUGGUCCAAGAAAAAAGUGUACUUCCUGUAAAAUAGUGGUCCAUACCAAAUGUAUUGAACAGUUAGAAAGAAUCAAUUUUAGGUGCAAGCCAACAUAUCGUGAAAUUCAAGCCAAAGGAUUGCAAGAUAAUUCAAUGAGACAUCACUGGGUCCAUAGAAGAAAGCAAGAUGGAAAAUGUGAACAUUGCGGAAAGUCCUUUCAGCACAUGCUUUCAUUUCAAAAUAAAGAUAUCAUCUCAAUAAGUUGCUCUUGGUGCAAGAUUGCUUAUCACAAUAAGGUGGAAUGUUUCUCAAUGAGAAGAAUUGAUGAACUAUGUGAGCUUGGUGUCCAUGCCAACACAAUUGUACCCCCAUCAUGGGUAGUCAAGAUACCGAAAAAGCAUGGAAAGUCAUCUUCAAUUAAGAGAAAUAGCUUUAAAAAGAAAUCUGUGAAAAGAAAAUCCACAAAGGAAAGGAAACCAUUUGUGAUUAAACCAUCAGGAACAAGUCAAAAGAAGCCGUUAUUAGUUUUUAUUAACCCUAAGAGUGGUGGAAACCAAGGGUUAAAGAUAAUGCACAAGUUUCAAUGGUUGCUUAACCCAAGACAGGUAUUUGAUUUAUCAAGAGGAGGACCCAGAGAAGGGUUAGAGCUUUAUCGAAAGGUGCCCAAUCUUAGAAUAYUGGCUUGUGGAGGAGAUGGAACUGUUGGUUGGGUGCUGUCUGAGCUGGAUAGACUCAAGGUUAACCCAUUACCAGCAGUUGCUAUCCUUCCYUUGGGGACUGGUAAUGAUUUAUCAAGAGUACUCAACUGGGGAGGGGGCUACGCAGAUGAACCAUUGUCAAAGAUAUUGCUUCAUGUUGAAGAAGGAACGGUUGUCCAUCUUGAUAGGUGGAAUCUUGAUGUAAGUCCUAAUGAUGGAGGAGAAAAGGAYAAUGACAGUGAUGUUGAAGAUAAGCUUCCUUUAAAUGUUAUGAACAACUAUUUUAGUUUUGGAUUUGAUGCUGAAGUUUGCUUAGGUUUUCAUAACUGGCGAGAAUCUCAUCCAGGAAAGUCAAGUAGUAGAAUAAAGAAUUUAAUGUUAUAUGGAAAGGCCAGCAGUACAACAUUUUUACAAGGAAAAUCCAAAGAUUUUUUCAAAUAUACAACACUAGAGUGUGACGGGGUGAGUUUGACUGAUAAACUCCUAGAAAUCAAACCAUUGGCUUUACUAUUCUUGAAUAUUUCAAAAUAUGCUGGUGGUACGUCGCCAUGGGGAAAUCCAGGCAGAGAUGAAUUUCUUCCUCAAAGUAAUGAUGAUGGACUUUUAGAAGUCGUGUGUUUCUCGUCAUCCUCACUGGCUGCUUCAAGAGUUGGUGGUCAUGGUGAAAGGAUAGCGCAGUGUAAAAGUGCAGUAAUAACAACAACUAAAACAAUACCAAUGCAAGUCGAUGGAGAGCCUUGCCGUCUUGCCUCAUCCCGAAUUAGAAUAUCAAGAAGAAAUCAAGUAGACAUGAUUGAAAAAACCAAGAGACGAAAUCUUGGAUCCUCAGGAAGCACAGACAGCUCUAUGCCUUGCCCAGAAACUAUAAAAGUCCAGAUAUUUUGCGUGGAGUUCAAGCAUUAUGAAAAGCAUUGCUACAACAUUGCUGAACUCAGAGAAUCGGGUACGUAUCAACGGGUAAUCCUUACAAGCUUUUGUUUAUGUUUGAAAAUAACACUUAAUAGGACAAUAAAAUAUUGCCUUUCUGACGACUGGUGCUUUUUGGACACAACCUAUCCUGAUCGUGUAUACAGAGUCGACGUCGCCCAGGAAAAUAUCUAUAAUGUAGUGGAUAUCCUUGAUGGUGGAGUCUUCAUUGUAGAUCUGGAACAAAGCGGCAAUAAAAAGAGGCCCAGUGACAGGACAAGUGUGGUAAGUUUACCAGCAACGAUAAGAGAUCCAAAAGCAAAUCCAGUAAGUCAUUGUCAAGCGGAGAAUGGUCAUGAUGAUAUAACGUCUGCAUCGGCUCCGUGUACACCUGUCCAAAUGCAGAAGUUUACACUACCAGAGGAAGGUGUAUGGGUGAAGAUCCCUGAAGCAAAGCGCAACGAACAACUAAUGAUAGAGGCUGCCAAAAAUGGYGAUCUUGAAAAGAUGAUUGAACUCCACCAGAAGUCAACAAGUCUGUCGGCAGGAGAUCAUCGAGGAUGGAGACCCCUUCAUUAUGCAGCUCGACAUGGACACAAAGAAGUCAUCAGAUAYAUCAUAUCAAAUGUCCCUCGAUGCGUAUUGGACUUAGUGGAGGAAGAAAAAGGUCAAACAGCGCUUCAUAAAGCUGCAUUUUAUCAACGACGAACCAUAUGCUCACUUCUUGUUCAGGCAGGGGCUUCGCUUACCCGAACAGACUACGACGGAAACACACCAAGAAUUCAAGCUUUAAAAGCACAAGACAAAGAAUUAGCAAAAUACCUCGAAACCCAAGAACAUUUGCAAAUCAUCGCAUCAGAAGAUUACGAAACCGCUGUAUAAACGUGCGCAAACGUUAAAGAUUACGUAGCACAUGCGGCGGACGCAAUCAACCAACGUKGCUUAACGUAAAAAGAGGAUAAUAUUGAGAGGACAGGGAUGAAAUGGCUGCAUUUUUUUUAAUUCCCUAGGCUUUACGUAACGGGUUGUUGUUGCGUAUUUCACAUUCUUAUUUUUCAUCUUUUGCGCAAGCUAUACACGAUAAUUGCACGCUUUGUAAAUUAUAUGAAUCAAUAUUUGGGAUUUCUUUUUUUUUUUCUUCUUUCUUUCACUACAGUUUCGCGACUUCAUUGUUUCAUAAUUUACCUGAACAAUCAGUUUAACGUAACACACUCUUUUCUUUCCGCACUUGCUUCAAGUGUUUUGCACUACGUAACGUAGCAUUUUAUUUUACAAUUUUGUUUUUGUAGGCUCUAAUAGGCUCUAAUAAUUUGUAUAAAAUUAGCAAUAUAGUCAUACAUAUAACAUUAUUCGCGCGAACCAGCGUUUUAAACGAAAAUUACAAUUACUAUUUAUUGCGGGACAAUUUACUGAAUUACGUUCCAUGGGGUAAAUCCAUACGUAGUAGUACGGGUCCUAAAUAUUUUGUUUCCAUAUCCAAUAUCAUGAUUAGUUGUGAGAGACUGGGGCAAGCUAGCCUUUCAUUACCAUCCCCAGGUCUCCAGCUGUGCUGUCGAUUUUUCAAUUUCGAUCAACCGACCAAUUUUGACCUCGAUUAUGCGACCRCUUUCGACCAUUUAAACCAAGCAAAACAAAGGCUAGAAAACGAUGGUUAUGUGACACUUUGAGCUUAAUUAUAGUUUCACAACAAAUUUGUACAGGCAUCAUAUUACCCAAUCAUACAUGUAUAUUAAAGCUGUCACGCAAUCAUGCGUAGGUAUGUAACGCAAGCUGUGAGAUCCAAAGUGGCUUUCCUUUCUUGCGUUUCGUUGUACAUAAGUCACUUGCCCAUAUUAGCAA